AUGACGUCGCUGCUCCAAGUUAUCACCAAGGCCCGUAUCACCAAGCCCCGUAUCACCAAGCCCCGUAUCACCAAGCCCCGUAUCACCAAGCCCCGUAUCACCAAGCCCCGUGUCACCAAGCCCCGUAACACCAAGCCCCGUGUCACCAAGCCCCGUGUCACCAAGCCCCGUGUCACCAAGCCCCGUGUCACCAAGCCCCGUAACACCAAGCCCCGUGUCACCAAGCCCCGUAACACCAAGCCCCGUGUCACCAAGCCCCGUAUCACCAGGCCCCGUGUCACCAAGCCCCGUAUCACCAAGGCCUGUAUCACCAAGGCCCUGUAUCACAAAGCCCCGUAUCACCAAGCCUGUAUCACCAAGCCCCGUAUCACCAAGGCCCGUAUCACCAAGCCUCCCCGUAUCACCAAGCCCCGUAUCACCAAGCCCCGUAUCACCAAGCCCCGUAUCACCAAGCCCCGUAUCACCAAGCCCCGUAUCACCAAGGCCCGUAUCACCAAGCCCCGUGUCACCAAGCCCCGUGUCACCAAGCCCCGUAACACCAAGCCCCGUGUCACCAAGCCCCGUAUCACCAAGCCCCGUGUCACCAAGCCCCGUAACACCAAGCCCCGUGUCACCAAGCCCCGUAACACCAAGCACCGUGUCACCAAGCCCCGUGUCACCAAGCACCGUGUCACCAAGCCCCGUGUCACCAAGCCCCGUGUCACCAAGCCCCGUAACACCAAGCCCCGUGUCACCAAGCCCCGUAUCACCAAGCCCCGUAUCACCAAGCCCCGUAUCACCAAGGCCCUUUGA